AUGCCUCAGGCCGCUACAAUAUGGCAUUACACGACCCACCCGUACCAGCUACGGGCGAUGCUCCAUUGGAAGUAUCUUCGGGACCCACUGCACUUCAGAAAUCCGGAAAAAGAAUCAACGGAGCUAAAACGAUGUUACGAAUUCUUGGAGAUGACUAGCCGGAGCUUCGCCGCUGUUAUCCUGGAACUACAGCCCGAAAUGAGAGUGCCGGUGGCUCUUUUUUAUUUAGUAUUACGUGGCUUAGACACGGUCGAAGACGACAUGACCAUUCAUAAUGACAUCAAAAUCCCCCUCCUCCAGAACUUCCAUAAAAUUCUUGACCAACCUGGCUGGACAUUCGAUGGAAAUGCGCCCACGGAAAAAGACCGGCAGCUUCUUGUCGAAUUUGAUGUCGUCAUAACGGAAUUUGCUAAACUCAAAGAUGUUUAUAAGGAAGUCAUUCGUGACAUCGCUAAGCAGAUGGGGGAGGGGAUGGCAGAAACUUGCAGGGGCCCGGCCAAAAAUCUUGACGGACUUCCGCUAAUAAAAGAUUACGACCGGUAUUGUUUCUAUGUCGCCGGCCUCGUUGGGGAAGGCUUGACACGUCUGUUUGUCCCGGCUGGUUUCGCCAACCCCGGUUUACUAACGCGACGUCGUUUGUACAUCUCGAUGGGCCUCUUUCUCCAGAAAGUCAAUAUCAUCCGCGAUUUCUACGAGGAUCUUGAGGAUAGCCGAAGCUUUUACCCCAAAGAAAUCUGGGGUAAAUAUGUCGACAAGUACACGGACCUAGGGCUCCCAGAAAAUGAGGAGAAGGCUCUAGCAUGCCAAUCGGAACUGGUACUCAACGCCCUCGACCACGCGGACGACUGCUUGUACUACCUUGCAGGUUUGAGAGACCAGUCUGUGUACAACUUUUGCGCCAUCCCCCAGGUUAUGGCGAUUGCUACGCUAGCGCUUGUUUUCAGGAACCCUGAUAUGUUCAAGCGUAAUCUUAAGAUUCCGAAGGGCGAAGCAUGCGAGUUGAUGAUGGAUAUCGGGAAUCUAAGAACGACUUGCGAUACCUUCAAAAAGUAUAUCAAGAUCAUUAGGAAAAAGAACACACCCAAGGAUCCUAACUUUUUGGAGGUGGCAGUCAAGUGUGCCAAGAUUGAGCAAUUCAUCGAAGGCAUCUAUCCUACCAUCACAAAGAAACAAAAAGAAGAGAAGCGUGAGAAGGAAUUGAAGACUGGGAAGACGGUUUACAUUGAGGAGCCACUGAUCCCGAAGGGUGUUGCCACUGUUCUCUUCCUUAUCACCUUCUUGAGCUUUAUGUUCGUCAACUUUAUCUUCCUCGCAGCUUUUAUUAUCGGUGCAGAGUUUGACUUCUCUCCUGAAGCCUGGGAGACAUGGACUUUCUUCAAACUAAAGGACCAGACAGAUAUCUUGCAAGACGUUACAGAAUCGGUAGUCGAGGCUGUAACAAAAACUCUUACUCAUCAAGAGUUGUAA